GGCAGGCUGCCUCGGACGACCACUCCAUGUUUUUCCAGUUUGGUCCAUCCAUCGAGCAGCAGGCCUCCGUCAUGUUGAACAUUAUGGAGGAGUAUGACUGGUACAUCUUUUCCAUAGUCACCACGUAUUACCCUGGUUACCAGGACUUUGUCAACAAGGUCCGCAGCACCAUCGAGAACAGCUUUGUAGGCUGGGAGCUAGAAGAAGUCCUCCUACUGGAUAUGUCAGUGGAUGAUGGAGACCUCAAGAUCCAGAACCAGCUAAAGAAACUGCAGAGCCCUGUCAUUCUGCUGUACUGCACAAAGGAAGAGGCUACCACUAUUUUUGAAGUGGCUCAUUCUGUGGGCCUCACAGGUUACGGCUUCACCUGGAUUGUGCCCUCGCUUGUGGCUGGUGAUGCAGACCAUGUUCCCUCAGUCUUCCCCACAGGGCUUAUCUCAGUGUCAUAUGACGAAUGGGACUACAACAUCGAGGCCAGGGUAUGUGAUGCAGUGGCUGUCAUUGCUACGGCAACCUCUACCAUGAUACUGGAUCGAGGGCCACACACCAUGCAGAAGUCAAGCUGCCUCGGGACACCUGACAAGAAGAGCGCAAACACCGGACACUCCAAGGAAAUACUGAAGUACCUUAUGAAUGUGACAUUUGAAGGCCGAAACCUGUCAUUUAGCGAAGAAGGCCACCAGAUGUUUCCCAAACUGGUCAUCAUUCUUCUAGACAAGGACAGACAGUGGGACAGGGUUGGCAAAUGGGAGAGAGGCUCCUUGACGAUGAGGUACCACGUUUGGCCUCGCUUUGAGCUGUACUCAGGCGCGGAGGAGCGUAAGGACCACCUGUCCAUCGUGACUCUGGAGGAGGCGCCGUUUGUAAUUGUGGAGGAUGUGGACCCGCUCAGCGGCACCUGCAUGAGGAACACUGUGCCUUGCCGAAAACAGCUCAAACUAAGCAAUCAAACAGGUGAUUCAGGGAUUUACAUCAAGCGCUGCUGCAAAGGUUUCUGUAUCGACAUCCUGAAGAAAAUCGCCAAGACGGUCAAGUUUACUUAUGACCUCUACCUGGUUACCAACGGCAAACACGGCAAAAAGGUUAAUGGGACUUGGAACGGCAUGGUUGGAGAGGUAGUGGAUAAGAACGCCCACAUGGCGGUGGGUUCGCUCACCAUCAACGAGGAGAGGUCGGAGGUCAUCGACUUCUCUGUGCCGUUCAUUGAGACGGGCAUCAGUGUCAUGGUCUCCCGUAGCAAUGGGACCGUCUCCCCGUCGGCCUUUCUAGAGCCCUUCAGUGCCGACGUCUGGGUGAUGAUGUUUGUGAUGCUGCUGAUCGUGUCAGCAGUGGCUGUGUUUGUGUUUGAGUACUUUAGCCCGGUGGGUUACAAUCGCUGUCUGGCAGACGGACGAGAGCCCGGCGGCCCCUCCUUCACCAUCGGUAAGGCCAUCUGGCUGCUUUGGGGUCUGGUUUUCAACAACUCUGUCCCUGUGCAGAAUCCCAAAGGCACCACCAGUAAGAUCAUGGUGUCAGUGUGGGCCUUCUUUGCUGUCAUCUUCCUGGCAUCCUACACUGCCAACCUGGCUGCCUUCAUGAUCCAGGAGGAGUACGUUGACCAGGUGUCAGGCCUGUCAGACAAAAAGUUCCAGAAGCCUAACGAAUUCUCGCCGCCGUUCCGGUUCGGCACGGUGCCCAAUGGGAGCACAGAACGCAACAUCCGCAACAACUACCGGGACAUGCAUGCCUACAUGACGAGCUUCCACCAGAAGAAUGUAGACGAAGCCCUGUACAGUCUGAAGACUGGCAAAUUGGAUGCCUUCAUUUAUGACGCUGCAGUGCUAAACUACAUGGCUGGCAGAGAUGAGGGGUGUAAGCUGGUCACCAUCGGGAGCGGCAAAGUGUUUGCCUCCACCGGAUACGGCAUCGCCAUCCAGAAAGACUCAGGGUGGAAACGGGCCGUGGAUCUGGCUAUUCUGAUGCUAUUUGGAGAUGGUGAGAUGGAGGAGUUGGAGGCCCUCUGGCUGACGGGCAUCUGCCACAAUGAGAAGAACGAGGUGAUGAGCAGUCAGCUGGACGUGGACAACAUGGCAGGGGUCUUCUACAUGCUCGGGGCCGCCAUGGUUCUGUCAUUCAUCACCUUCAUCUGUGAACAUUUGUUCUACUGGCAGCUGCGCUUCUGCUUCAUGGGCGUGUGCUCUGGAAAGCCCGGGGUCACCUUUUCCAUUAGCAGAGGUAUCUACAGCUGCAUCCAUGGAGUCCAAAUCGAGGAAAACAAGUCCAUCAUAGACUCCCCCUCAUCCACCAUAAAGAAGAACAUGAACAACACUCACUCGAACAUCCUGCGGUUGCUCCGCACUGCCAAGGACAUGACUGCCGUUCCGGGCGUUAACGGCUCUCCGCACGCCGCCCUGGAAUAUAGCCACAGCGGCCGCGAGUCGGCUAUAUACGAUAUCCAGGAGCACCGGCGCAGCCUGGUGGGUCACCCUGUAGACUGCAAGUCUGCGCCACCCUACAUGCCAGAGGACAACAUGUUCAGUGACUACAUCAGCGAGGUGGAGAGGACUUUUGGCAACUUGCCCCUGAAGGACAGCAACUUGUACCAGGACCAUUACCGGCACCACCACCCGGCUCUGGGUAUGUCCGGCCCCCCGCCAAAUAGGCCGCGUAGCUUAGGCAGCGCUAGCUCGUUGGAGGGGGGCAUGUUCGAUUGCGACAGUUUGGGGGGAGGGGUAGCGCCUAUCUUCACCACCCAGCCCCGCCCCUCCAUGACUCACAGGAAUACCAGUAAAUUUGACCUGAUCGCUGGCCACACCCCUGCGGAUUCCAGCCAGGGUGGGUUCAAGGGCAGCAAUGUGUACGGCAGGUUUUCUUUCAAAGGAGGUGCAUCCAGCACGGGGCUCAUCGGGGGGCAUGACAGGUACUGUGGGGGUGGGGGAGGCUCAGGUGGUGACGAUGGGAACAUUCGCUCUGAUGUGUCGGAUAUCUCCACGCACACCGUCACCUACGGCAACCUGGAAGGAAACGCCAAGCGGCGUAAGCAGUACAGGGACAGCCUGAAAAAGAGGCCAGCCUCUGCCAAGUGCAGACGGGAGCAGGACGAGAUAGAGCUGAGCGGCUUCAGGAGGAGACCCCACCACCACACCGUCCACCACCACUUCCCCCACGGGCCACAGGCACACCGCACGGUCUCACCUCCCCUGGAGCGGAAGAGGGGAGGAGGAGGGGGUAAUGCUUCACCUUACUUAUUCCGCAGGGAUAAAGAGAACCUGAGGGAUUUCUAUGCGGACCAGUUCCGCUCCAAGGAGGGCAAGGCCAUGUGGGAGCAAGAGGGUGGAAGUGGUGUGGGCGGUGGUAGCGGUGGUGGUAUCUGUAAAAGCUUAGUGCCUGUGGAAGACUUCCUCAAAGGUAAAGAAAAGAAAUCGGAUGGGCUUGGCCCGGUGUCGGCAGGGCAGCAGGCCCACACCUGCUGGGAAAAGGGGGUUUCAGGGAUAGGAGGGGGUGGCAUAGCAGGGGGUGACUGGGAGUGUCGUAACUGCCACAGUGUGUGCCACCAUAGUGGAGGAGGCAGCACUUGUCCAGUUAGUGGAGUUGGGGGGACCAGCAGUCGUCCCAGCUCCGCCACAUCCAAACGCUGUGACUCCUGUAAGAUUCAGCCGAGCAACCUUUAUAACAUUAGUGAGGAUAACAACAUGAUGUUCACUGGAGUUAAAGGUAGUGUAGGACCCAGCCAAACACAAACUCAGGCACAGCGCAGGAAGCUAGGGCCAGGUGGGAGGGUGUUACGGAGGCAGCACUCAUACGACACAUUUGUGGACCUGCAGAGGGAGGGGGCAGGUCGCAUGGGGAUGGGUGGGGGCAUUGGGGGGCAGUUUCAACAGCCCCGGAGUGUGAGCUUGAAAGACAGAGAUCGCUUCAUGGAGGGCCCCAGCCCUUAUGCUCACAUGUUUGAGAGGUAUUCAGGUGAUAGAGAGUCUCCCAUGUUUGGAGGGAUAGGCGGGGAUAGGGCCAAGGGAGGCUCCUCCUGCAGUUUGUUCCGUGGAGGCGAAGGUGGGUUGCAUCGGCGGUCGGUGGGGGAAAGAGACCUGAGGGACAGAGAUAGAGCUAUGAUGGGAGGUGGGGGCUGUGGUGGUGGUGGUGGUGGUGGUGGUAGCAGAGGGGCCGGGACUUACUCCUUGUCUAAAUCUCUCUACCCAGAUAAGGUGAACCAGAAUCCCUUCAUCCCAACCUUCGGCGACGACCAGUGUCUUUUACACGGUGCCAAACCGUACUACAUCAAAAAGCCACAGACGCAGCAACAGCAGCAGCAGCAGCAGCUUCUCAACAACAGCCGAGGAGGAGGGGACUUCCGCAGCUCCAUGGGAGCGACUUCCUAUUUGCCCGCGUCCGCCACAGCUGGGGUGAUGUCCAAUGUGGCCCCCAGGUUCCCCCAAGAGUUGUGUCUGGGUGGGGUGGGAGGGCCCAUGGGGAACCACCACGGGGGCAACAAGCUACUGCCUGGGGGCAGGGACACGUUAGGUUUGGGGCAGGGACAGAGACCAUUCAACGGUGCCAGCAAUGGACACGUUUAUGAAAAGCUCUCCAGCAUUGAGUCAGACGUUUGA